AUGGCAACACAAAGCCCGUGGUUUCUGAGUUUCCCUCCUGAAAUGAUUUCAUCUAUUGUGUCCUUCCUGCCAAACAAAGAUGUCAAAUCCUUGCGCUUGACGUGCAAAGCCCUCGGCGAGAUUUCACCAUUCUCCUCCUCACGCGUGUUUCUUUCGGCCAACUCGUUGAACAUCCAGGUUUUUCGGGCUGUAGCAGACCAUCCAAAGUUUCGCCACGAAAUCAGGGAGAUCAUCUGGGACGACGCACGGUUUGUACUCGCGCCGUUGAUAUGGGGAGCUGUACACCCAAGCAUCGACCCCGAACGCAUGGAAAUCAACUCCACUGAGGGAUGUCCCAUCUGGUUCACGGAGGAAUGCGAAGAGAACCGCUACAAGAUGAAGCAUCGGAAAUACCGCGACGUGGACCGACCUGACCAUGUUGCACGUCAGCACCAGAUGGAUGCUCAAAUGCCGUUGAAAGCCUGCUGGAAGUAUUAUCGCCAACUAUGGGAUGAUCAGACGUCUAUAAUCAGAUCCGAAGACGACAAAAAAGCCUUUCUUUACGGUCUGGAGCAAUUCCCACGGCUCAAAAGAGUGACCGUUACGCCUGCGGCUCACGGCUGGUUGUUUGCUCCGCUGUACGAGACACCUAUGAUCCGAGCAUUUCCAUACGGAUUCAACUAUCCGAUUCCGCGAGGAUGGCACUGUGAUCCCGUUGAUUGUCAGGUUGUCGAGCCGCUACCGUGGUCAGAGGCAACCGAGGACUAUAAGGAGCUAUGGAGAGGGGCUCGAAUUGUUCUUCGCCUUUUGUCACAGGCUAAGAGGCAUAAUGUUUCCGAGCUGACCUUCGACUCCAAGCAACUCCACACCGGACUAAACUUUUUCAUUUUCGACCGGCCCUGUGAGGAAUACAAUCAAUUUGCGGCCAUCAUGAAACGUCCAGGCUUCCGGCGUCUUCAUUUGUCUUUACUUACUGGCAGUACUGGUGACUAG